GUCAUUGCAGGAAACUUUAAACUGUGGCGUGAUGUAUGGUUUGAGCAUCCCUACUUCAGGUAGGAGGAUUAUCCCUUUGGCUGCAUCGUGCAAAGCAUAUUUGUAAACAACGCUUUUAUUUUGAAGCUCGGAACUGGAUGCAUUAUUCAUUAGGCUGGCUUGACACCUCGACGCCAAUACACGCUCGCAGACACAUCACACACACACACACACACACACACACACACACACACACACACACACACACACACACACACACACACACACACACAGACACACACCUUGGCUUGGCUUGAACCUCCACUGACUGACUGCGAAGCAUCGACACGCACGACGCUGUCUGCGAUGCACUUGUUAUCACAACAGAGCCAAAUUAGCAGCUAAUACCAUCUCUCUCUGCUCUUGCCAGAUGAUUGAAACUUGACCUGGAUCUGACUGUGCGAGGAACAACCUUCCCUGCAGUACACUUUGAAUCCAGAGCUACCGGAUCCCAUCCGAGCCAACACAGAAGGGAGAGGGAGUUCAACUCUUCAUCCAGCCCUGCUUGGAAGCAACGCGACAACAACAAAAAAAACAACUCUGUUUACAAAGACUUGUUGCGCUGCUUCUUUUAUCGUCUACCUCUGCCCUGGCUUCUCAUUAUUUGCCUCCCCACUCCUGUCCUCCAGGGAACUUUUAUCCCUUUAACAUCACCCAUCAGCUCAUCUCGCCACCCAUUUAUCCAUCUCAUAAUGAACUCGUCUGCCUCCAUUACGUCCCUCUUCUCCUUCACCAGCCCGGCCGUGAAGCGUCUGCUUGGCUGGAAACAGGGAGAUGAGGAGGAGAAGUGGGCAGAAAAGGCUGUGGACUCUCUAGUAAAGAAACUAAAGAAGAAGAAAGGGGCGAUGGAGGAGCUGGAGAGAGCCCUCAGCUGCCCUGGACAGCCUAGCAAGUGCGUGACAAUUCCCCGCUCUCUGGACGGCAGGCUUCAGGUGUCACACAGGAAGGGUCUGCCUCACGUCAUCUACUGCAGGGUGUGGCGCUGGCCCGACCUGCAGUCCCACCACGAGCUGAAGGCCCUGGAGUGCUGCGAGUUCCCCUUCGGCUCUAAGCAGAAGGACAUCUGUGUCAACCCGUACCACUACAGACGCGUGGAGACCCCAGUGCUGCCACCCGUUCUGGUCCCCCGCCACAGCGAGUUCAACCCUCAGCACAGUCUACUGGCAAAGUUCAGGAACGCCUCCCUGCACAGCGAGCCCCUGAUGCCCCAGAACGCCACCUAUCCAGACUCCUUCCCUCCGCUGCCCUGCCCCUCCUUCUCCUCCUCUCCUUCCUCCACCCUCACCCAGUCUCCCACCACGCAGAGUUACCCCAACUCCCCCAACAGCUCUGCGGAGCCCAGCAGUCCCUAUCACAUCACAGCUGAGACGCCCCCUCCUCCGUACAGCAUGAUGGAGACGAGCCCUAAAGAGGAUGUGAAGUCCAGCAACUCCACAGAGACCCUCAAACUCACGUUCUCCACCCCGCACAGAGAUUUACGGCCGGUAUGUUACGAGGAACCCGAGUACUGGUGUUCCAUAGCGUACUAUGAGCUCAACAACCGGGUGGGGGAGACUUUCCACGCGUCAUCCCGCAGCCUCUUAGUGGACGGCUUCACAGACCCGUCCAACAACAAGAACCGCUUCUGCCUCGGCCUGCUGUCCAACGUGAACCGCAACUCCACCAUCGAGCACACACGCAGGCACAUAGGCAAAGGUUUACACCUGUACUAUGUCGGCGGUGAGGUGUACGCUGAGUGCUUGAGCGACAGCAGUAUCUUCGUCCAGAGUCGUAACUGUAACUUCCAGCACGGCUUCCACGCCACCACAGUGUGCAAGAUCCCCAGCGGCUGCAGCCUCAAGAUCUUCAACAACCAGCUGUUUGCUCAGCUCCUCUCCCAGUCUGUUAACCACGGCUUUGAGGUCGUGUAUGAGCUCACCAAGAUGUGCACCAUCCGCAUGAGCUUUGUGAAGGGUUGGGGUGCUGAAUACCACCGUCAAGACGUCACCAGCACCCCCUGCUGGAUUGAGGUGCAUCUGCAUGGACCUCUGCAGUGGCUGGACAAGGUCCUCACACAGAUGGGCUCCCCACACAACCCGAUUUCUUCAGUGUCAUAACAUUCACACAGGUGGCCAUGUGGUCUGUAUGUUUUGCUACAUCCAAUUUUUUUCUGACCUAUGAUCCCUUCUUUGACCCCUUAAAAUAUAUUUAAAAAAAAAAUGUUAUCAACUCCUUUGAAACGUGAUAGACUGAAUGUUAUUUAGCUAAUUUAAAGCAAGUGUAGUGAAAUGAUUGUGUUCUUUAUUUUGCUCCAGAUAGAAUAUGAUAAACUGUUUCUCAUUUCUGUUAUGAUUCUGCACAUUUUCUGCACUCCUUGAUAUGAAACAUUGGGAUUUAUUUGUAGGUACUCAAAGACUUGUGUUACCUUGUGUUGUGUCGUUAUGAUAUAAUGUAUUGUAUGUACAUGUGUUGACUUACUGUACAAGUUGCUUUUUACUUGUUUUAUUAAAGUUGUUUUGUCUUCUGGAA